AUAUAUAUAUAUAUAUAAUCUCUCACCACAUGAACAAAAAUCCCAUCAUUCUACCGCAAUCAAUACACUUUUAACGCUUUUGCCUAUGCUCUUGCAGUUUAGGAAAUUAUUUCCGCCGACAAAAUGGGCUGCCGAGUUUAAUGCUGCAUUGACCGUUCCUUUCUUCGACUGGUUGGUUGGCCCAUCCGAGGUUGUGGAAGUAGAGGUAAAUGGAGUGAAGCAAAAGAGUGGAGUACAUAUAAAGAAGUGCAGGUACCUGGAGAAUAGUGGCUGCGUUGGAAUGUGUGUCAAUAUGUGCAAGAUUCCUACACAAGAUUUUUUCACUAAUGAAUUUGGACUUCCCUUAACGAUGACUCCUAAUUUUGAAGACAUGAGUUGUGAUAUGGUAUAUGGUCAAGCCCCACCCACAUUUGAAGAUGACCCUGUGUCAAAACAACCAUGCUAUGAGGAUAUAUGUUCUAUGGCAAAAUCAAGUUCUAUUGUGUGUCCUAAACUACAGGCAUGAGAAGGCACUUCAUUCCGAUUUAAUUUUUCACAGCAGAAUUAGGGUCUAGUUAGCUUCUAUGUUUACUUGAGGAGCUACCUGUCUACAAAAUUUCGCUUCAUCACGUCUUAGGCGUUUACAUUCACAUACGGGAGGAUAUUGUCUACACAAUAUACUGCAUGUAAAUUUGUAAUUAUACUGUUAAAUAUCACUAUUGCUAGAUUGCACAACAUUGUUGGCCAAAACUA